GUGACCGCCGUCAGGAAUCUACCUCGUGCCAUCUACAUCUCCAUCCCACUGGUGACCUUUGUGUACACGCUCACCAACAUCGCCUACUUCUCCUCCAUGUCGCCCGAGGAGCUGCUGUCAUCCAAUGCCGUGGCCGUAACGUUUGGGGAGAAGCUGCUGGGGAUGUUCUCCGUCAUCAUGCCGAUCUCCGUGGCUCUGUCCACCUUCGGAGGGAUCAACGGCUACCUGUUCACCUCCUCCAGGUUGUGUUUCUCUGGAGCCAGAGAGGGUCACCUGCCCAGCCUGCUGGCCAUGAUCCACUACAAGAACUGCACGCCCAUCCCCGCCCUGCUGGUCUGCUGCGCUGCCACCAUCGUUAUCCUCUGCAUCGGAGAGACGCACAACCUCAUCAACUACGUGUCCUUCAUCAACUAUCUGUCGUACGGCGUCACCAUCGCGGGCCUGCUGUACUACCGCUGGAAGAAGCCCAACCUGUACCGACCCAUCAAGGUGAACCUGCUGGUUCCUGUGUGCUACCUGAUGUUCUGGGCGCUGCUGCUGGGUUUCAGUCUUUACUCGGAGCCGGUGGUUUGCGGCGUCGGAUUGGUCAUCAUGCUCACCGGCGUACCCGUCUACUUCCUGGGCGUCCAUUGGAAAGAAAAACCAAAGUGUAUCUACAACUUCAUCGAGAGGGCGACGUACGUGGGCCAGCGGUUGUGUUUCGUGGUCUUUCCUCAGAUCGACCCCAUCGAGAUCGCCACUCCGUCAGAAUGGACUGACCGCUCAUCAGGCAGGAGCAGUUUCUCCGCCAAUUCUUAAAACUUUUCUCCCCGGAAAUAUGAAGUUGUUUUUUUUCUGGCCCUUUUGUUUAUAUUCCCUCAGUGUGUAAGUCCAGACGCUUCCUCCUGGUUUGACCUUUGACCCUCUGAGACGCUGGUUCCCUGCAGUCGGUGGAAGCGCCCGCUCUUCUGCGCGGACUUCGUGCACUUUUUAUUCUCUUCUCUUUUCUACUAAGUCGUCAAGUUACAACCACCUAAUGCCAACAGUGUCGCGCUGUUGAAAAUGACUUUUAUUCCCAUUUUUGGGCCCGUUUGUUCCUGUUUGUCUGUAACAGAACUCUGAGCGACUGGCGGCUCGUUCGUCUGAAUGUUGCUGCUGUUUCAUCGUGCCUUAAGGCCUUUUCACGCCAAGUCCCAAACUAAUCUAAUAAACAUAAUCCAAACUUUGCACAUAGGUUCAGUCUCACGCCAAACGUCCUCAGCUUCAAACACAAGCCAACAGUCCUGAUGGGGGCGCUACAGCGACCGUCUAAAUUUCAAAAGUUUAAAAAUUCAUAAAAAUCAUUCGUAUGUGCUACAGAUUUAGAUUUAGUGAUGAAGUCCAUCACUCUGUUUUCAUCAAAAACUGUCAAACUAAUUAAACCUACUUUCUCACACGGUUUUGGCUCAUUUGACACCAAACUUGCUACAGGAAAUCUUUUUUCUGUCCGACACAAAUC